ACCAUGAGUUGGAGCUUCCUAACCCGUCUGCUGGAUGAGAUCUCCAACCACUCCACCUUCGUGGGGAAGAUCUGGCUGACGGUGCUCAUCAUCUUCCGCAUCGUGCUGACGGCCGUUGGCGGUGAGACCAUCUACUAUGAUGAACAGAGUAAAUUUGUCUGCAACACGCAACAGCCUGGAUGUGAGAACGUGUGCUAUGAUGCGUUUGCCCCACUCUCACACGUCCGAUUCUGGAUCUUCCAGGUAAUCAUGAUCACCACCCCCACCAUUAUGUAUCUGGGCUUUGCCAUGCACAAGAUCGCUCGCAUGGAUGACAACGAGUACCGGCCAGUCAGAAACAAGAAGAAGAGGAUGCCCAUCGUCAGCCGUGGGGCUGUUCGGGACUACGAGGAAGCAGAGGACAAUGGCGAGGAAGACCCCAUGAUUGCUGAAGAGAUUGAACCAGACAAGCCAGACAAAGCAGACAAAACUCCAGAGAAAAAGCACGAUGGUCGUCGGCGGAUUCUGCGAGACGGCCUGAUGAAAGUCUACGCAUGCCAGCUGAUGUGGCGCUCUGCCUUUGAGGUUGCCUUCCUUUUUGGCCAGUACAUACUCUAUGGCUUUGAGGUGAUACCCUCCUACGUGUGCACUCGCUCGCCGUGCCCACACACAGUGGACUGCUUCGUGUCCCGACCCACAGAGAAGACCAUCUUCCUGCUGGUCAUGUACGUUGUGUCUUUCCUGUGCCUGCUCCUCACCAUCCUAGAGAUCCUCCAUUUGGGGAUCGGUGGCAUUCGAGACACCUUUCGCAGGCGAGCCACCCUCAGGCCACGUCCCCCGCCACCGUCCUCCGCACGCUCCAUCCCUACAGCUCCACCAGGGUACCACGCCACCAUGAAGAAAGAGAAGCUGAAAGGAGAGCUGAGGGACUUGCCGAUGGGCGACUCCGGGAGGGAAAGUUUUGGGGAUGAGGGGCACUCGACCAGGGACCUGGAGAGGUUGAGGAGGCACCUGAAGCUGGCCCAGCAGCACUUGGACCUGGCUUACCAGGGAGAUGAAGGAAGCCCUUCACGAAGCAGCAGCCCAGAGGUCAACACGGGUGCACAGACGGCUGCAGAGCAGAACCGCCUCAACUUUGCCCAGGAAAAGCAAGGAGAGGCAAGCGAAAAAGGUAUUUAA